AUGGCUUGGAAAGAAUGGGAUGAGCUGAUCUCGGCAAAGCAGUUGUCUAUACUUGAUAUCUAUCAGAUCAUAGGAAUGUAUUGCUUCAUGACAAAGACAGAGAAGCAGCCUGACCGACUAAAGCAACUGAUAAAGCAACUGACCCAUAAUAAAUUUAUACCUGUCAACAACAACAAUACUACAACAGUAAUGCCCUUUUACACUCUAUUGAUAGAUACAAGAUAUAUGAAUCAGACAAAGAAAUACUUGGAAACAGUCAUUAAUCAGUGUAUCGCACGAUGCAUCAUUUUCAGUGACAACAAUAAGAGUCUGUUCGGACUCGAGCUAGCCUUCCUACUACACUAUUUAAAUCCAAAGACAUAUCAAACAAAACAUGUGAUUGACAGUCAUCAUGCAGUGGAAUCACCAAGCUCCAUGCUGCAAAGCACAGCUCAUCAUCUUUUAAAGUCAACAUUGUGUCAAUUUCAGCUAAGAGAUGGUCUUGUACAGUAUGUACAGCACAUCAUUAAAUUGCAGAAUCGCUCUCUGCAGCAGGAAGCUCAAAGGUUGAAUACCAUGACACUCUGGGUAGCAACCGUGACGCGAUUGACAUUGUAUCCAAUUGAUUACGCAGAGACCGCGCCAGGCUCAUUGGAUAUGAAUGAAGCUUUAAUGUUUCUUUGGACAAAUACGCUAAUCGUACCAAACAUUAUCUCUACUAUCAGUUCUACUAAAACCGUCAUGGACCGACUAAUCAAAUGGACACUGGGAGCUGCUGUCCCAUUCUUGAUAAACUCUUCAAGCCUUGACAACUGCUUAGAUAAAUUCGAUGGCAACGGCUGCUUAUUUUUACUUGGAAAUAUUGUUGACUUGUGGAGUUGCUCCGAGUAUGGCGACCAUAAGAUGCUUGUUGAUCUAGCAUUGCCUCUUUUACAACACAUUAGAUCUUACUUUUCUGAUAAGCAGACAACAGAAUUUCAAUAUUACCAUCCUUUAUUCAAAUGGUCUAAAGCCGCUUGGGGAAAUAAUUUGCACUCUACUGUCUUUGAUAAAGUAAUAAAUCAACUGGAAUAUUUGUGGAGUCGACCAUUUAUGGAUCAGCUAUUUUACGACAUAGUCCAUUUUGAUAAAGUAGCUUCAAGCUCAGUAAACCGAAAAGCGCUUUUAUUAAAACAAAACAAAAGAAAGCAGCCAUUGACCUCAAAAGGAGAGAUUGCAUUGUUUGCUGUGGAAGUUGAAUCCAUCUUUUCCAUGUAUUCUUUAUUGAUAAGCUUGUUCAAGUCUGUGAACAGAACAAUUUUUUAUAGAAUUGCCUUUACGAAAAACCUAGUGCAACAGCUAUGGAAGAUUAUGAAUCAAUUUGGUCCAAAGGGGCAUAUGGAAAUAUACUUGGAAGCAGCUCAGAGAAAUGAAAUUGAUAAAGAGCCUCUUAUUGAUAUCCUAAAGAUAUUUUGUCAAGCAUGCACCAUUAUGUUUAUAACGCUGGACGAUACUGAUAUAUUUAAGCAUAAUACACCUUUUUCUCCUGAUGAUCUUGUACAAAUUAGCGGCUUUCUCAAUUUGUUUUAUUUCUCAUUGAUUCAACAACCAACGGCUACCUCUACUGAAAUUCCUCCAGCCGCACUAUCUUUUAAAUCUGCACGAAGUUUACUACUACAGAUAUACGACCUCGAUUUACAACAUUCAUUUUGCCCUCCCAAUCACUGGUUGCUAGUUUCCAUGAUGUCUAGCAGAGUAAAGUCUAUUUUUUCCUCAAUUUUUCAAACUAAAAAUGAAGCAUCCACUGCCUCACUAUUUUUAACAAAGUUAAACCAAGGCGAUCCAGUGCCCUUGCGUAUCCUACAGCUGAUGUCGCAUACUGUACCAUUUGAUGUACGACUCAAAGUAUUUAGAGAUUGGAUCUCUACUGACAAGGUCGCAUUUCAAAGCACACAUAGCAAGAGUAUUACCAUAAGAAGAAAUAGAGUGCUUCUUGAUGGGUAUCAGCAGCUGUGUACUCUAUCUGCGUCAGCUUGGAAAGGGUCUAUAAGAGUAUCCUUUGUAAAUGAACUUGGUAUGGAAGAAGCUGGUAUUGACAGAGGAGGGCCGUUUAAAGACUUUAUUACUCUUCUUACAAAUGAGGUGUUUGAGCCUGAUUUUGGCUUGUUUGCUGCAACCAAGCACAGCAGUGUUUAUCCAAGUCCAAAUUCUGCACUUCAAGGAAGAUAUCAUAUUGAAUUAUUUGAAUUUAUCGGCAAAGUGAUUGGCAAGGCAGUGUACGAAGGAAUCCUGUUGGAUGUUCAGUUUGCAAAGUUCUUCCUAGCAAAACUGCUUGGUCGUAAUGUAUUUCUUCAGGAACUACAAGAAUUAGAUGAGGAAUUGUGGAAAAGUCUGACGUUCAUAAAGCAUUACGAAGGAAAUGCUGAAGAGCUGGGCUUAGUUUUUGAAACAGAUGAAGAUGUUCUUGGAAAGGUUCAAUCUCAUGAGUUGAAAUAUCGAGGAAAGCAUACGGCUGUCAAUAAUGAAAACAAGAUUGAAUAUGUCUAUUUGUUAGCUGAUUACAAGCUAAAUCAGAGGGCAAAAGAGCAGACACAUGCGUUUAUUAGAGGGUUUAGAACUGUCGUAUCAGAAAACUGGAUAAAGCUCUUUACUCCUCCUGAACUUCAAAGAGUGUUGUCUGGUGAAGAUAAAGAAUUUGAUAUUUCAGACUUACGAAGACAUACAGAGUAUCAAGGUGGUUACUUUGACCAGCAUCCAGUGAUUCGAUCAUUCUGGCAGAUAGUAGAGAAGUUAUCUUUGGAUGAGAAGAAGGCGUUCCUGAAAUUUGCCACUGGUUGUCCUAAACCGCCCCUAGGAGGAUUCAGUUAUCUUCAGCCUCCUUUCACUAUUCGAAUGGUAUCUCCUGAUGAAAACGGGAAGUCUGAUAAUUUGAAUGUUAUCAAGUCAUUUUUGAAGAUGAGUAUGAAUAAAUCUGGAAGAUUACCUACUAGCUCUACAUGUUUUAAUUUGUUGAAAUUACCAGCAUAUACCAACAAGUUAAUACUGAAAGAAAAAUUAUGUUAUGCAAUAAACUCUGAUACUGGAUUUGAGUUGAGCUAA